AUGAUACGGGACACAGAAGAAGCAAUAAUAAAAGAAGAAAAGAAAGCAAAUCGUAUUAUCAACAAAAAGUAUAAUUUCGGUAGAGUUAUUGGUGGAUGUGAAGAAGUAUUAGAACAAAUAUUUGGGGAUAUUUUAUUAUCUCGUCUUUAUCCAUCCACAUUUAUUAAUCAAACUGGUAUAAAACAUUGUCGAAGAAUUCUUCGUCACGGGCCUCCUGGUAGUAGGAAAACAUUAUUUGCUAGAACCACAUGUCAAGCAUUGAAUGUUAAGCCAAAAGCUGGAUGGAUUCAAAAGUGA